CUCUACUGGACAGAAACAAUAACAAAGCGUCAGAUGAGCAACUCCCAGCAACUCAAAAACUAAAAUUGAAAUUAAAUUUGUAAAAAUAUAUAACUUUAUACAGAUCAAUAUGUCUGUGCGCCACGAUUGGUAUCAAUCAGAGUCCAAAGUGGUUAUCACUGUUUUGCUAAAGAACGCUGCCCAGAAGAACUAUGACGUCAAAAUUGAGUCACAAAAAAUACAUCUGACGGCCGAUGGCUAUGAGUUGUUGCUUCCACUGCUUCAUCCUAUUGUGGUUGAGCGUUCUUCACACAAAGCCUAUCCAUCAAAAGUUGAAAUUACUCUGGCCAAGGAGACUGGCUUGCGUUGGGAGAGCCUCGAGCUGAAGGAAACUGUGGCCGCAACUGCACCACCAGCACUGCAAACAAAGAACUGGGACCUUUUGGUCAAGGAGGAGGAAAAGAUCGAUGAAAAAGAAGCCAAAGGUGAAGCGGCUCUCAAUCAAUUAUUCAAAAAGAUCUACAGCACCUCCACACCGGAGGUGCAAAUGGCCAUGAACAAAUCAUUUACGGAGUCCGGCGGCACCGUGCUCAGCACCAACUGGAAUGAAGUUUCUCAGGAUAAAGUGCCCAUUAAGCCGCCAGAAGGAACCGAGUUCCGCGAAUGGGACAAGUAAACCAAAGUGACCGGAGUAAAAAUAACCUUUAAUAAUAUAAAAUAAAAAUCAGCACACACAACUCUUGCAUCAUUGAAUAAAAGCAGCAGACAAAUCAUAAAGAAAAUACUAAAAACGAAAAUUAACAAAUAUUGUAUGGAAAAAAUUUGAGUUAUAAAUAAAACCGCAAUUGUUAUCCUA